CUAGUGGGACCUCCCGGUGAACAGCGAGCAGUGAGAGUGACAUGAAGAGCCCCGCUCUCUGUGAAUGUGCGGAUUAAAUCACCCCAUUCCUCAGAUCUCAUCAGAUCUCAUCAGAUCACCCCAGAUUACUGCCCCGUGGCCCCAGAGCUGCACGCGUCGUCCCGGGUGCUGAGUUUGAACCAGAGCCUCAGAUGAUGCGCACUCGCGUUGCUCCUCCUCGACACACUUUUGCGAUUCAGGAGAGCGAGACCUUAACCGGAAACCAAACUUUUCUCUUCAAAAAAAUUUUUUUUCGCCUCUGAGGCGAAAGAGGAAAACCCGAGCAGCGUUUAGUGAACCAAACGGCACCCUUCCUCUUUUUCACAAUUGGAGAUCGCCGUUGAACAUGUGUCAGCGGCCGAACAUCAGGGAAGAAAUAACGCUUUUCUGGCGAGGAUAAGCGCGACAUCGAGGGAUUUCAGGCUCAACGCGCACAUAACGGAUUUUGGCUCUUUAUCAUGGAAGAUGGUGUGAAAGAGGACCUGGCCCAGAGUCAAGAACCAAAGUUCCUGGCUAAAGCUGGCUGGCUGAGGAAGGCUCAGGGCAGACUGUUAACAAGCUAUAAGGAACGCUUUGUCCAUGUGGAGAGGACGGAGCUUGUGGUGUAUGACAAUGAGGACCUGCUGAACUGCUUAGAAAGGCUUGACCUGGAAAACUUUGACAGAUGUCAUGAAUUGAAGAGUCCCUUCACGAAGAAACACAGACUGAUACUGGUUCGAACAGCCAAGCCUGGAAAUAAGGUUCACGACCAGCGGUUCCAGGCUUAUACUGCAGAGGAAAAGGAGGAUUGGAUAAAAGCCCUGACUGAUGGUAUCAAUCGAGCAAAGAAUAAAGUGUUUGAUGAGGUGAAGGUGGGUGAAAGCAGUAAUUUAGAGCAUGUCACCAGAACAAGGCCCAAAGGAAACCGUAACCGACGGCCUCCAACCAGGAUACAUAUGAAAGAGGUGGCUGAUGUGUCAUCUGAUGGUAUUCUGCGCUUAGAUCUUGAUCUUGAGAAUGCUGUAAUGCCCAAUGGGAGCUUUUGUGCCAAUAUUGAUGGUGCUGAGAAGCGCAAAGAGGCCACAGUCCCAGCGAGUCUCUCCACUAUCAGUGAACCUGCAGAAGAACUAUCCAAACCUGACGAGAAAGCUGAGGAGGAGGCUCAGGAAACACAGGCCGGUCCCAAAAAGAAGAUUAUCAAACCACCAAUGCCCCCCAUCAAGGAGGCUAAACCUAUCUCAGCACUUGAGGAAGAACCUGAUAAGCAAAAUGAAUCAGAGAAAAAGGUACUCAAGCCACCUGUGUCUCCAUCUAAAGAACAUAAGCCAAGCACUUCUUCCAAUGAAGAAACAUCAGAAGAGGCCAAAGCUGAGAAGAUAUCUGAAAAGAGUCCUGAUGCCAGGAAAAAAGUGGGUCCACCACCGACCCCUCCCAACAAACCCAGCUCUCAGGCAAACAGCCAUCCUCCUACCCCUCCAUCCAAAGAAAAGAAACCUUCCCAUGUUGUUUGGGAUGCAGUUCAUAGCACAAUUGAUGAGAAUGAAGAGAAGGAGGACAAUAAGAAUGAGAAAACAGAAACACCAACAGAGGUUGGUGCCAGAGAUGAUGAAGACGCAGGUGAGACUUUAAGCAGUGAACUACUAAUAGAUACAGAGCCAGUCAGACUGAGCUCUAGUCCAUUUAAUGAUGGCACUCAACAGGACUGCGCUGCGCCGCUGCAGUCAGCCUCAGAUAGCUCUGGCAGUUCUCUAGAAACAGAAGAGGAGCUUCCAAAAACUGAGGUACCCUCAGUCGCCGUCUCUUCGAAUGACCUGUUCAGCGAAAGCGUCAACCUGAAAGCAGAGGAGAAAUCUGUUGACAGUGGUCAACACUCCGAUGGUGACAGCGAGGGUUCUGAGAUUGAAGACACACUGGCGGUUUCCACAGCUGCACUGAGAGGAAGCCAAACUGCUCUGGAUGUUUUUGACUCUGGUGAAGGCAACGUUCAGAUCUCUAUUGACCUGAGUUCACCACCAGUCACAGAAAAGAAACAGGUCAAGGAAAUUCAUUGCUGGCGCGUGAAGCCCACUCCCCCUCUCAAACCCUCCAGCAAAGUCAGAUCAGUAUCCAUUGGUGACUUGCUGUCAGACUGUCAGAACUAUAGCACCAGAGCAGGAGCUGAACGCUGUAGGUCUCAAGAUGUCAUGAAACUAGAGACUGAAGUGGCUGUGGAGAUGGAAAAGACAAGCGCGCUCCUGAGCAGAGUGUCCCAGUCCCCGAAGGGAGGCGAUGGGGAGGGAAUGCCAGAGGAUUUGUUGGCCAAGGCCAUGGAGAAGCUUAAGAUGGCUGACCAUGUUCUCAAGGAGGUCAAGAAACUAAAACUUGCAAAGAACGGAAACAACAGGAGGAGCUUGUGAAUGUCUGUCAUAGCAGAUUGACUUGGAAUUGGCCAUUUGGUAAACUGCACCUUUGCCAUUGUAUCUUGUUUAAUCACAGCUUAACAAACAAGCCCUGGAUUUCUCCAUUAGCAAUUUUAGUUUUAUGGAACAUGUUAUAUUUCAAAUACAUCUACUCUAAUAUAAGCAAUUAAUAAGGUGUUCUGCUGGCUAGCUUGCUACAGUACCUAUAGUGUUUGCAGGGUUACAGACUAACUAUUAAUACGUGGAGAUGAGCUGAGUUUAGCCCAGCCCUAUUUGGUCAUUCACUAAAUCCCCAUACAGCAUACAUUCGCAGUAAUAGAGAUUUUAGACACUCAUUGCAAUUAUGUAUAAUCCAUGCUCAAAGCAUAAAGCUGUGAAAUGAUCAUUUUAAAUGCAUCGUGGGAUUAUGAAAACAAAGCAGUGUGCGUCCCAUGUACUAUAUGACACAUGUUUUUCUGUGGUAAAAAAUUAGAUUGCACUGUAUACAGCAGUCACCUAUACACACGGUAAACAUAGAGCACUGCAAAAUAUGGGAGAAUAUAAUAAAUAUAUAAUGCACAGCCGUUUAGCUUACUGACAGAAAUUUUAUUAGAAUUUCUACAGGUAAAUGUGACCCAGUGAUGGAGUUCUGUGGGAAUACCACAGUCAGUAAGGUGAUCAGGGCUUAGUGAAUGGUCAGUUAAUGGAAAGUCUAUUAUUUUCUAUGGGUAUGUAGCAACUGUUAACUCAAGUGCAAUUAUUUCUAGCUUCACUUUCUCUGCAGCUGAAAGUAAUAAUAUUCUACUGUUUACUGUUUUUUGUCUUAAUGAAAAAUACUUUUCAAUAAUAAUUACUUGAAAACUAAUUUGAGAAAUUAGUAAUAUAAUAAUAAAGCAGUCCUGUUAAUACUGUGAGUACACACAAUAAAGUACAAAGAAUGUUUGCUUUUUUUAUUUCAUUUUAAGAUUGCAUACUAUAGCUGGAAAUUUAAUAUGAAUUAGUUUAAACUGUACAUAUUUAUACAGUAUAUAUAUAUUAAAGUUUUAUGCAACAGAAAUAUUCCACAAUAGCUCAGAAACUUUUUUUAAAAUUAAUCCUAACUCAUUUUAUGAUUACAUCAAAUGUCUUUAAAAAAUAUAUAUUAUACAGAUUCAUUUUUUUAUUGUUGAUCUUUUUAUACUGAAAUUGUACAUAAAAAAGCUUGGCUCUUACUAACAUCUCAAUAAAUUGUGCACGUUUUUAAUUAGGAAAAUCAGAGGUAAUCGUCACGAUUUGAAUCGUUGAUGACUGUCUUCUUUUUUCAUCCAGUGCUUCUAAUGUCAUUCAUUUAAUGUCUAAAUAAACAAGGAAAAUUGUAUUUUAACAUUUUGGGUCUAGUCUAUUUUGUGCAUCUAUAAGAAAGUGUAUUAUUAAAAACCCAUUUGUAUUAUCA